AGACAUUUUUGUUCCUUGAUGACUGUAGGCUGGUGCUCUUGUGCAAGUUUACACUGAUGGAACUGUUUUAGUAACCCAUGGGGGUGUCGAGAUGGGACAAGGUCUACACACGAAGGUUGCUCAGAUUGCCGCUUCAUCCUUCAAUAUUCCUCUCAGUUCUGUAUUUAUAUCAGAGACAAGUACUGACAAGGUCCCAAAUGCAUCACCAACUGCAGCUUCUGCCAGUUCUGACAUGUAUGGAGCAGCAGUUUUGGAUGCUUGUGAGCAGAUUAAAUCACGGAUGGAACCUGUUGCAUCUAGACAUAAGCACAGUUCUUUUGCUGAGCUUGUAAGCGCGUGCUACAUAGAGAGGAUAGACCUUUCUGCACAUGGAUUCUACAUUACACCUGAGAUUGGGUUUGAUUGGAAAACUGGUAAAGGAAUCCCAUUCAGUUAUUUCACCUAUGGCUCUGCAUUUGCCGAGGUUGAAAUUGACACUUUGACUGGAGAUUUCCACACAAGAAGAGCAGAUGUUAUGUUUGAUCUUGGAUUUUCUCUGAAUCCAGGCAUUGAUGUGGGACAGAUUGAAGGGGCCUUUAUACAAGGUUUGGGUUGGGUUGCCUUGGAAGAGCUAAAAUGGGGAGAUGCAGAGCAUAAGUGGAUUCCACCUGGCCAUUUAUAUACCUGUGGACCUGGAAGUUACAAAAUUCCUUCUGUUAAUGAUAUCCCUCUCAAAUUCAAUGUUUCACUUCUCAAGGGUGUCCCUAAUCCAAAGGCCAUUCAUUCAUCUAAAGCUGUCGGAGAGCCUCCAUUCUUCCUUGCCUCAUCGGUUUUCUUCGCCAUUAAAGACGCUAUCAUAGCUGCAAGAGCAGAGUUGGGUUGUAAUGACUGGUUUCCACUUGAUAAUCCAGCAACUCCAGAGCGGAUUCGGAUGGCUUGUAUAGAUGAUUUCUCUGAGCGAUUUGUGAAGUCAGAUUUCCACCCAAAACUUAGUGUGUAGUGCAUUUCAUUUUUGGCUUCUGAUUGUUCCUUUAUUGAAAUCCCAUUUCUGGAUGCUUCAAAUUUGUACAUCUUAUGUGGCUAUACAAACCCUACCCAAAAAAAAAAAAAUAAUGUAAGUAUACAAAUAAUCGUUGUAAGAGGUUCUGAGCAAAAAUAAGUCAAUCAGGUAAUGCAAAGUUCUCUCCUUAUUCUUUUUUCU